CCUGCUCGAAAACUCGACGUUGGACUUCCACUUCAACCCACUGCUCUUCUCGACAGCGACCGGCCUUUACUCAUCUGAUUGUGACAUACAACGAUUACUGGCACAAGCAGAUCCAAGAUGGUCCGAUCCUAGACCUUGGUUACGCAGCUCAGCAUCUUUUCCGACGCGCAGCCCGGACGCCAUUCACCAGAUCCCGACCACCAGAUCCCACAGCAACGGCGCAAUUCAACCGUAUCGAAGCCUCAAUCCAUUCUCCAGGGCUGCAAAGUCAAUGCUGUAGACGCCUCCGCCAUAUCAUAGCCCUGCCGGCGAGUUCAGGAUAACGAUCUCAGUCUUGUCGUCUGAGCCCUUCCCCGGGUUCGAAACGACUACAUUUCUCGAUGUCGACGCCGUCAACCCUGCCCCCACACCACCCGAACUACGGGUAUUCUCAUCACCAGAACUAUCAAUCGAACGGCGGCUAUCGAGCGAACAAUACACUCUUGAACGGCGGCAGCCGGUUGGGAGCGUCAUACAACUUCCCGACUCCUUCGAGUAACGGCACUUCUUCGAACAGCGUCGGUGUGGCCGACCCCUCACGAGCAAGUCAAAACACGGCACACUCAUCUUCAAGACACGAAACAAAACCCGCAGCUAUGCCUAUCUCUUCGUCGACCUCAGUACCAAAGCCGAAUCCGAAGAAACGGCAACGCUCCAGAGAACCCCGGGAGCCCGAUUGGCACAAAUUCUACAAAAAUGGCCUGCCCAAGGAGGUCAUCGUCAUCGAUGACUCUCCCACCCCUGAGCCAUCAGCAUCUGUACUAUCAAACACUCAAGCAACACGUUCAGUAGCUGGGGGAGGAAGUCGACAUGCUGCAAAGAAGAGAAGACGAGAUGACGUCGGCUCAGCCUAUGAUCCUGUAUAUCAUCUCGAGCCCUCCCACUCUCUCAAUCAGAGUCCCGAAUACAAAGACUCGUCCGGGUCCACCAUCUCAACCGACCGAACUACAUCUGCUAUCCACACAACUGCAGCCACAUCCCUAGGCUCCCACUCUUCGAAUGGGCAGAAUGGAUACGAGGCUGCCGACGUCCAGCCAGGUCAGAAAAGAAAGCGAACACAAACUCGACUCCAGCUUGCCAACGAGGCGAAGCAGAAAGAAAUAGAGACUAACGGGGAUGCGUUCACAAACUACAAGCCCCCGCCGAGACCCCCUAUCAAGGCUCCGGAUGUCCAGGUGAAGCAAGUGCCUGACAAUUCAUACACCAAGAACAGCAAGGUCGACGACGAUGAUGGACACUACAUUGUCGUACCAGACACUGACCUGACAGACCGAUACCAAGUGACCAAGCUCCUCGGCCAAGGCACAUUCGGCAAGGUCGUUCAAGCCCGAGAUAAGAAGCGGAAUAAGCAUGUUGCGAUUAAAAUCAUCAGAUCAGUCCAGAAGUACCGCGAUGCUUCACGGAUAGAACUUCGAGUCUUGUCAACUCUCAAGGCCAAUGACCACGAAAACAGAAACCGAUGUAUACACCUUCGGGACUGUUUCGACUACCGCGGACAUAUCUGCAUUGUCAUGGAUCUACUCGGACAGAGUGUUUUUGAUUUCCUGAAGGGCAAUGCCUUUGUCCCGUUUCCAAAUAGUCAAAUUCAGAGCUUUGCGAGACAGCUCUUCACUAGUGUGGCUUUCUUACACGAUCUCAACCUGAUUCAUACCGAUCUCAAGCCAGAGAAUAUCCUUCUGUGUGAUAGUGCAUACCAAGCAUUCACAUAUAGUCGCAGAAUCCCUUCAUCAUCUACCACAGUCAAUCGACAAGCCGCUCAACGUAAAGUCCUCCUCGAUACUGAGAUCCGACUAAUCGACUUCGGUUCUGCUACCUUCCAGGACGAGUACCACUCUUCCGUCGUAUCUACUCGCCAUUACCGAGCCCCAGAGAUUAUUCUUGGUCUAGGGUGGUCCUUCCCGUGUGAUAUCUGGAGUAUUGGAUGCAUUCUCGUCGAGUUCUUCACAGGAGAUGCACUGUUCCAAACGCACGACAAUCUAGAGCACCUGGCGAUGAUGGAGAGUGUUUGCGGUACUAGACUGGACAGUCAUCUCAUUCAGCAAGUCAACACCAUGGCAAAGAGAAACGGUGGAAAUCCUGCCGCAAAAUUCUUCAAGCGAUUAAAACUUGACUACCCUCAACCAGAUACCACCAGAGCUUCGAGACGGUUUGUCAAGGCCAUGAAGCGGUUGGAUGAAAUCAUCCCAGACAACAACAAAUUCUGCAGAAACUUCCUCGACCUUCUGCAGAAGAUUUUCGUCUAUGAUCCUGCUGAAAGAAUUACCGCCAAACAAGCGCUUCAGCAUCCUUGGUUCAAGGAGGCGGCAACACCAGAUGACGGAACUGAAGCCACCAAAAUUCGAAUACAGAGACAGUUGCAAGCUGAGGAAGCAACACAUGCUCCUCCACUUGCUGCACCACCCGCAAGGUACCGUCAUUGAAUGAAAAUGAUAUAUGGAAAUGACGGCGUUUGGGAUUUGGGGGAGCAACGGCAUUGAAACAGCAUUCUUAAGUUAACACUUGGAUCACCGAAUGUUGGCUCAAUGCUAG